UUCUAUGGCUAGUGAAGUAUUUGACAAUACUUGGGAAAUUCAAACAAAUAAAACUAGUGAUCAAAUAGAAGAAUCUGAAACCAAAAUUAAAGAAAGCCACAACAUGAAUGAAGUAAUCCUUGAAAAU